GACACAGGCCGGUCCGUAAAGACGCCUCGUAGGCCCGAUGCGCAUGCGAUAUACCAUGCGCGCUUUCCUCCGCGCUGAUGGCGUCGAUGCCGUGGUUUGACGAGGCCUUGCGAGACCGGAGACGUGAUACGCAUUCGUUGGAUUGCUCGAAUGCAGACAAUACAGAAAUAUGGCUAGGCAUAGGCGUCGUGAGACCAUAGUGGCGUCGCGUAAACCAGGUAAUUGGUGUCAUUCCAACGUUCAACUGCCCUGCGGCGUUCACAGACGCACAUGAUCCGAUUUCCUUUCAACUUGGCGACGAUGAUGUACUUGUGCUUGUCCUCCGCCAUCCGUGACUGAACCCCUCAGGUUAUACACCCGAAUAAGUAUCCAUGGUUCAUGCUAGACGUCGGGUAGCGCACACAGAAUACGAUUAGGGUAGGUACCUACUUGAGAAAAUGCAUGGCGAGUAUCACACCGCCGUGGCUCACUGCCACAAGUCUGGGUACAUAAAAUAAGACAAUGCAAUACUCUCUCACGGGUUA